UGUUCUUCUGUGUCUCUACUCUUUCCUAGAUUUAUCUGUGUGGUAAUCUGUGUGCUAAUUCUGGCAUUCUCCCUUCACUGUUUAGCAGAUCCAUUGCUUUGUCUGCACUGUACUGAUACACUCAACAGGGAUGUCGGGAAACGCCCUCGGAGAUGGUAAGGAGGGCUUUCCAAAGGCUUAUAUUGAGAAGUGCAAUGAAAAUCUUGACAAAUGUCAGAGGAGAGAUCCUGGUUCAUUGGCCUCAACUCCAAGUAAUGAAGGUGAAUAUGUGAAUAGUGGAACAGACGUAGGUGUGUCAGAAGUGGAGUAUAUAGAAUCUGAAAACCUAAACGAUCUAGAAGAUGUGGAUACUAUUCUCAAGACACUGUUGUCGGGACUAGACUCCAAAGAUUGGGUUUUGGUAUGUGAGGCAUUGAAUAAUGUCCGGCGAUUGUCAAUAUUUCACAAGGAGGCAAUGCUUGAUAUGUUGGGCAAUGUGAUCUCAUCAAUUGUGAAAUCCUUGAAGAAUCCAAGAAGUGCAGUGUGUAAAACUGCGAUUAUGACAUCCGAAGAUAUUUUUAAUGUUUACAGUGAUUGUAUAAUUGAUUCAUUUGAGCCUCUGCUUGUUCAGCUUCUUCUCAAGUCUUCACAAGAUAAAAGAUUUGUUUGUGAUGCUGCUGAGAGGGCUUUGGUAGCAAUGACUACUUGGGUUUCCCCCACUCUGUUGUUGCCAAAGUUGCAACCAUAUCUUAAGCACAAGAAUCCUCGAAUUCGAGCUAAGGCAUCAAUGUGCUUUUGUCGAAGUGUACCAAAGCUGGGAAGUGAAGGAAUUAAAGCUUAUGGGAUUGAUAAAUUGAUCCAAAUAGCUGCAUCUCAACUCAGUGAUCGGCUCCCCGAGUCUAGGGAGGCUGCUCGGACUCUUCUCUUGGAGCUGCAAACUGUAUAUGAGAAAUCCCACAUCUCUGCACCAACUGUAGAAUCUGAACAUUCUGAAAUGGGUUCUUGGGAGCACUUUUGCCAAUCAAAGCUCUCUCCUUUAAGUGCACAAGCCGUUCUGCGUGUUACCAAUAUUGGAAGGGAGGGUCUUGUUAUGGGCUCCUAACAUUAGAUGGUGUAUGAGUAUGCUAUGAGGUUUAAUAUUUCACAGCCCCUGUAUGCUAUGAGUUUUUAAUAUUUUGCAGCCCCCUCAUACUUCUUUUUGUUUGGUAUACGAUUACGAAUUUUUUCCUGUAAAUCUUACAAAUAGUGAAAUGAUUGGCCAUCUUGGUUGAAGAAUGUAUUGAGUCUAUUAAACUGGAAGUCAAUUCCCUUUCCCUGGUAUGACAGUUUCAUGUUAUAUAUUAUCUUUGCUUU